AUGGCGAAAAAAGAACCGGAUGCGAAAGAAAGAACUUUUGAUGAUACGCAAAAAGAGAAAGAAAAAGAGAAAGAAAAAGAGAAGGAAAAAGAUAUAAAAGAGGAAAGCAAAAGAAAGAAAAAUGGAACGAAAAGAGCAGCAAGAUCGAUGAAACCUGAAAAAACACAAGCCAGCCAAAAAUCCAAACAAAAUCAGAAGGAUAAAGAGAAAGAGGAUGAUGAAUCAAUAAUUUCAUCGAUUGGAUUGGAACCGCCAAAAACAAGAAGCGAAGAUUUCAAAGCAAUCGAAGAAUCAGUUCAAAAUCUCGAUUGUUUUCACGGUUUCAUUUGUCGCGAAGAUGUUCAAGGAAUGUUGAAAAAGUUUGGCGAUUAUUUGAUACGAAAAAGUUGUCAUGGAUUGGCAGCUAGUGAAAGACCAAAUCGAGCAAAGAAAGGUGGAACUGAAAGAAAAAGAAAAGUUGUUGCAAGUUCGGGUGGAAAUAAUAAUGAAAAAGAAAAAGAAAAAGAAAAGGAAAAAGAGAAAGAAAAGGAACGAGAUAAUGCAAUAUCAACUCAAGAUAUUGUUGUAUCGAUAUAUGCAAGUAAGUAUUUUAUAUUUAAUUAUUUAUUGAGUACGGUAUCUGACAGUUUUUUUGGAAAAAGGGUUUUUCACACUUGUGUAUUCUCCUGAAUUUCAGAGCCCAAAGAUCCAAAAAUCAAAAAGAAAUCAUCAAUCCGAAAUCUUGCACUUCGCCGAACUUUGGACGCUGGAAUAUAUCUCGAACCACAAAAAAGUUUCAAAGAAGUCAAAGAACUUAUCGAAUAUUAUUCCAAAAAUAUUGGAUACUCCAAAGGGGUUAGUCUUUUCUUGUUCAAACUUUUUACUCUUUCAAACAAAUUAUUUUUGCAGUUUGAUUUCCAACUUUUGAAACCGAUUGAAUUAAGUAAUUGGGAAUACAAACAUAGUGAAAUUGAUGUUUCGGAAAAGAAAUUAGGGGAAGGUGCAUUUGGAGAAGUUCGAAUUGGAAAAGUUAAAUUGAGAGAAACUACGAAAACUAUUGAAGUAGCGGUGAAAAUGAUGAAAACUACAGAAGGUUUGACAAGAGAAAGGGUUGUUGAAUUGAUGCAUGAAGGAAGAAUUAUGAAGUUUUUAGAGCACAAAGUAAGAUUUUGAUCCAAAAGUUUCACUACAAACUAUGUAUUAUUUUUUUGUAGAAUGUUCUUCGUUGGUAUGGAAUGGCAAUUUCGAAAGAACCACUUUAUCUAAUGUGUGAACUUUGUAAUUGUGCACUUCGUGAAUAUCUUCGAAAAAAUGCAAAAACUGUGACUGAUUCUGAAAGACUUCAAUUUUGUUUUGGAUCUGCAAAAGGUGUUGAAUAUUUGCAUUCACAAAAAUUGAUUCAUCGUGAUUUGGCAACUAGAAAUAUAUUGUUGACAGAUGAUAAAACUGUAUGUUUUUUCGAAAUCCAAAUACGUCUCAAAAUCAUAAUUUUCAGCCGAAAAUAUCGGAUUUCGGUUUAUCGAAAAUAACAGAUCGUUAUGAAAUGAAAGAAGCUUGCAAAAUUCCAGUCAGAUAUUUGGCCCCCGAAACUUUGGAAUCAUAUUAUUUCAGUUCAAAAUCUGAUGUUUUCGCAUUUGGAAUGGUUAUUUGGGAGAUUUACGAAAAUGGACAACAACCGCAUGAUGGAAAAAAUGCACAAACAAUCAAGGAAUUGACCAAAAAACAACAAUUUUUGAAAGUGAAUGAUAAAGCGCCGGCGGAUCUACGCAAAUUUGUCAGCGAGAAAAUAUUCGUGUCAGAUCCAGAAAAUCGAUGUAAUAUGAAUACUGUAGUACAAGUUAUUGAGAAAUUAGUGAAAUGAAUGAAUUUUUGAAUGAAUGAUUUUUGCUGGAGAAAGAAGCAUUUAUUUUUGAGAUGUGUUGGUAGGCUGGCAAAAAUAUUGCAACAAUACAACACUUAUAUUUAGAAAUGUUAAAAAUGGCCAGUUGAAUAUGAAAAAAUCAAGGCGAAAAACCUAUAAUCACAUUUUGUGGUGUUUGUUGAAACGUUUUCGAGGUUUUUCUUUUUGCCAUUUCUAUUCUCGAGGAUUUGCUAUCUUUUGUCGUAAAGAUUGUGAAAUUUGGUUAAGUAUGAACGAUUUUAUCAUUUUUUGUGAAAAAACGAAAAAUGUUUUUGAGGUUGGAAAAAAUUCACAAACGUCGUGUUGUCUGCUCAGCAAUCCGCCCCGUAAUUACAUUGUAAAUUGGAGUGAGUUGUGAUUACAUUGAUGUUACAACGUAAAUACAGAGUUGAAUUUUGCAAAAUUGUAAUCACAUUGUAUUUCCACACUCUUUACAAUUUGGGUGAAAACUGUAAUUACAUCGAACACAUUUUGUAAUUUCUUUGUAACGUGGGUCUCGUUGCGAAGACGCUCAAGCAACGCGCUGCUGUUCAUUUCGAAACAAUUUUCUUGUUUUUUUUCCAAGUUUUUCCCUAUUUCAGUGAUUUAUGCUCAAUUUUCAGGUCAAAUCAAAUUCAGACAGUUUCAUGCAAUCGAUAUAACAAUGGAAAAGUGUGAGGGUGAGUGAAACAUGACAAAUUUUCAUGAUUUUUUCUGAUAAAUUCUAAUUUUUGAUAUUUUAGAUUUGCCGGGACUUGGGUUUUCGACCAAUCGCUUUUACGAUCACCGUCUGAUGGAUACAACAAGAGAAAAAUUAUGGUUAGUGACUUAGUGAUUCAAUUUCUAUUCAAACUAGAACAUUAUUUCUUUUCAGAUUUCGCAGAAAUUUAUCAAAACGAACUCAUCGAAUACCGGAGAUGUUUUGAAAGUAAGUGGUUUUUUGAACAAUAAGUUAAUUUUUCAACGUUGUGAAGAAACUCUAUUCAGAAACCCUCUCAGAAUAGAAAAGCUGCUGUAAAAAUAUGUUUUCUGGAUUUCUUCUACUUUCUCACAGUGUUGACAAAUUUUCUCAUGAUUCUUAUAGGAAUUCAUACUUAAAUUGAACUUUUCAGGUCUAA